AGUCCCCCCUGGGCCUGAGUGCCGGGCCUAAGCACGCUAGCGCAAGGCGGGGAGUUGAGAAGACAGUUGCGUGGCGUGGGGCGCCGCGAGGGCGCUGUGCUCUCAGAAGCUGUUACGCCGGCCCGAUUUUCCGCUGCUGUAUAAGGAGUAGCCCUUCGGUAGCCGGGGAGCUGGAGGGGAACCUGAUUUGGGAUCAUUUCUUGGAGAACACAAAGAAGUGUGGUGGAUUGAACCAGCUGCCCUUUGACCCUGCCAACAACAACGAACCCCUGCAGUUUGGUAGUGCCAGUGGCCCUCUGGUCACAGAAGGCCUCAUUGAGAAUGGAGGGGAGUCAAGCAAGAAAAGAAAAAGAACAAAUGCUCCUUCAGCUGAUAAUAGUAGAACUCUGAAUGUGGAUUCCACUGCAAUGACGCUACCUAUGUCUGAUCCAACUGCAUGGGCCACAGCAAUGAAUAAUCUUGGAAUGGCACCCCUGGGAAUCGCUGGACAACCAAUUUUACCUGAUUUUGAUCCUGCUCUUGGAAUGAUGACUGGAAUUCCACCAAUAACUCCAAUGAUGCCUGGCUUAGGAAUAGUACCUCCUCCAAUUCCACCAGAUAUGCCAGUAGUAAAAGAGAUCAUACACUGUAAAAGCUGCACGCUUUUCCCUCCAAAUCCAAAUCUUCCACCUCCUGCAACUCGAGAACGACCACCAGGGUGCAAAACAGUAUUUGUGGGUGGCCUGCCUGAAAAUGGGACAGAGCAGAUCAUUGUGGAAGUGUUCGAACAGUGUGGAGAGAUCAUUGCUAUUCGGAAGAGCAAAAAGAACUUUUGUCACAUUCGCUUUGCUGAGGAAUACAUGGUGGACAAAGCCCUUUAUCUUUCUGGUUACCGCAUUCGCCUGGGCUCUAGCACUGACAAGAAGGACACAGGCCGGCUCCAUGUUGAUUUUGCACAGGCUCGAGAUGACCUGUAUGAGUGGGAAUGCAAACAGCGUAUGCUCGCAAGGGAGGAGCGCCACCGCAGAAGGAUGGAAGAAGAAAGAUUGCGCCCACCAUCCCCACCACCAGUGGUCCACUAUUCAGAUCACGAAUGCAGCAUUGUUGCUGAAAAACUAAAAGAUGAUUCCAAAUUCUCAGAAGCUGUACAGACCUUGCUCACCUGGAUUGAACGAGGAGAGGUGAACCGUCGCAGCGCCAACAACUUCUACUCUAUGAUCCAGUCAGCCAACAGCCACGUUCGCCGCCUCGUGAACGAGAAAGCUGCCCAUGAGAAAGACAUGGAAGAAGCAAAGGAGAAAUUCAAGCAGGCCCUUUCUGGAAUUCUCAUUCAAUUUGAGCAGAUAGUAGCUGUGUACCAUUCCGCCUCCAAACAGAAGGCAUGGGACCAUUUCACAAAAGCCCAGCGUAAAAACAUCAGCGUUUGGUGCAAACAAGCUGAGGAAAUUCGCAACAUACAUAAUGAUGAAUUAAUGGGAAUCAGGCGAGAAGAAGAAAUGGAGAUGUCUGAUGACGAAAUAGAAGAAACCACAGAAACAAAAGAAACUGAGGAAUCAGCCUUAGUAUCACAGGCAGAAGCUCUGAAGGAAGAAAAUGACAGCCUCCGUUGGCAGCUCGAUGCCUAUCGGAAUGAGGUAGAAUUGCUCAAGCAAGAACAAGGCAAAGCCCCCAGAGAAGACGACCCAAACAAGGAACAGCAGCUGAAACUCCUGCAGCAAGCCCUGCAAGGAAUGCAACAGCAUCUACUCAAAGUCCAAGAGGAAUACAAAAGGAAAGAAGCUGAACUUGAAAAAGUCAAGGAUGACAAGUUGCAGGUGGAAAAAAUGUUGGAAAAUCUUAAAGAAAAGGAAAGCUGUGCUACUAGACUGUGUACAUCGAGCCAGGACAGUGACUAUCCUCUUGAGAAGACCCUGAACAGCAGUCCUAUCAAAUCUGAACGUGAAGCACUGCUCGUGGGGAUUAUUUCCACAUUUCUUCAUGUCCACCCAUUUGGAGCAAGCAUUGAAUACAUCUGUUCCUACUUGCACCGUCUAGAUAAUAAGAUCUGCACCAGCGAUGUGGAGUGUCUCAUGGGCCGGCUGCAGCACACCUUCAGGCAGGAAAUGACCGGGGUCGGAGCCAGUCUGGAGAAGAGGUGGAAGUUCUGCGGCUUCGAGGGCCUGAAACUGACCUGA